CAUUCAAAUUUUUCAUUCAUGUUACUGAUUUGAGUUUCGUCAUUCAAUUAUUCACAAGUAUCAUUCACUCUUUUCUGAUAUAAAAAGUAGUCACCUAAAAAUUUAAUGAAAAUAACAUAAAUUAGUAAUCUUCGCGUGUGGAAUAUAAAUAUUUUUGAAUAAUUUUAUUGUGAAUACUUUGAGUGUUCAUUUGUUUUUUCACAAAAAACAUGUCUCAUGUACCAGAAUUAAAAUUACUUUUUGCUAGGUUAUUACCUAUGAAAAAUGGGUACAAUGUCACUAGACGAGGAGUGAGAAAGUUUAGUCAAGAUGUAGAUAAGUCUUCAUCAGUGGCCAAGGGUAGUGUGACCCCACUACCACCCCUAUCUGAACCCAUGCCCAAUCUGCCUCCAGUUGUGUAUUCAACUGUUAAAUCAGAGGAAAGUGUCACUGAAGUGACCACAUUAAGCAAUGGUCUAAAAGUGGCAUCUGAGAAAAAAUUUGGACAAUUCUGCACUGCUGGCGUUGUUAUUGAUUCUGGACCAAGGUAUGAAGUGGCGUAUCCUAAUGGAAUAUGUCAUUUUCUUGAAAAGUUAAGUUUUGGGGCAACUCAUAAAUUUGCAACUAGAGAUGUAAUGCUGCGAGAAUUGGAGAGACAUGGAGGUAUCUGUGACUGUCAAGGAUCCCGAGACACUACUGUUUAUGCAACCAGUGCAGAUUCCAGGGGACUUGAAGCAAUUACACAGGUUUUAGCUGAAGUAACACUGCGACCACAGCUUUCUGCAGAAGAGAUUGAGGCAGCCAGACAAGCAGUGGCUUACGAGCUGGAAACAUUGUCCAUGAGGCCUGAACAAGAAACAAUUCUAAUGGAUAUGAUCCAUUCCGCAGCAUAUAAGGGAAACACUCUUGGACUUCCAAAGAUUUGCCCCAAGGAAAAUGUAAACAAAAUUGACAGAGGAAUAAUAUUAAACUAUUUGAAAAAUCACUAUACUCCGGAUCGGAUGGUUGUUGCUGCUGUUGGCGUUGAUCAUGAGCCAUUUGUUGAAUAUGUUCAGAAGUAUUUUGUGGACAUGAAACCAACAUGGCAUUCUGAAGAUAGUGAAAGUUUUACGCCUAAAGUAGACAAAUCAAUUGCACAAUAUACUGGUGGAAUUGAACAGGAAGAAUGUGAAGUUCCGUUAUACCCUGGAUCUGAUUUGCCCGAAUUAUCACACAUUGUUAUAGGAUUAGAAAGUUGUUCACACAGUGAUCCAGAUUUUGUAGCGACCUGUGUUCUGAACAUGAUGAUGGGUGGUGGCGGAUCAUUUUCCGCAGGUGGACCUGGCAAGGGAAUGUAUACGAGGCUUUACACAAAUGUUUUGAACAGAUACCAUUGGAUGUUUAACGCGACAGCAUACAACCACGCGUAUGGAGACACGGGCUUGUUCUGCGUGCACUCUGCGUCACCUCCCAAUCGCAUAUACGACACAACACUUGUCAUUGCGCGUGAAUUGGCAAAUAUGGCUGGAAAAGUCGGGGACAUGGAAUUAAGGAGAGCAAAAACACAGUUACAGUCAAUGUUGCUCAUGAAUUUGGAGGCGAGGCCAGUGGUAUUUGAAGAUGUUGGGCGUCAAGUCCUUGCCACUGGCAAAAGAAAGCCGCCAUCUUUCUUCAUUAACGAAAUUGAGAAAAUCACAUCCGAGGAUAUUAUUCGCGUGGCAAGACGCAUGUUGAGCAGUCGGCCGUCAGUGGCUGCACGCGGAAGGCUGGCACAUUUACCUACGUUCGAUGAGAUUCAGUCAAAUAUGUCUCUCUCGAAAAGUGAUGCUUCACCCCAAGGCCGAAGAUUAAAUUUGUUCCGUGCAUAAAUUAUUAAAUACUUUCAAUUACUAAUACACUUAAACAUAAACUGUAGCAAAAUUGUUGAAAAUUAAACAAUAUUUAUGAUAG